CAAUGCAGGAUGCAGUCUGCAUACACCAGCGGCAGGAUGGGCCGCAGCGAGGAGCUCAGCGACUUCCAGCGGGGCACCGUGGUCGGCUGUCACCUGUGUAAGAAGUCUGUCCGGGAGAUCUCCGCCCUGUUAAACCUGCCGAGGUCCACCGUCAGUGCUGUCAUCCUCAAGUGGAAACGCGGAGGAAUAACGACGGCUCUGCCCCGGAGCGGCCGGCCGCACAAGCUCAAGGAGGAGGACCGCCAAGUGCUGGAGCGGGUGGCGCUGGAGAACUGUCUGCCGUCGGUGGAGGCUCUCACCGCCGAGUUUCAGACCGCCUCCGGGGCCAACGUGAGCCCCAGGACCGUCCGCAGGGAGCUGCAUGAGAUGGGCUUCCGCGGCCGAGUGUCCACGUACAACAAGCCUAAAGGAGGGGAAAGAGCAGAGAAGAAGCAGGCAGCAACAAGUCAAGAAGACCCGAAGGUGGACGUGUCUCAUCUGGACCUGCGUGUUGGACGUAUAAUCACGACUAUGCAGCUUCCAGAGACGGACGGUCUGUUGGUGCAGCAGGUCGACGUGGGAGAAGAUUCUCCCAGGACGGUGGUCAGCGAACUGGCUAAGCACAUUUCUCUGGAUCAGCUGCAGAACCGCAUGGCAGUCCUGCUGUGUAAUCUGAAGCCGGCCAAGACGAGAGGAGUGCUGUCCCAGGCCGUGCUCCUGUGUGCCAGCUCACCAGAGAAAGUCGAAAUCCUUGAGCCUCCGAGUGGAGCUGCACCAGGGGACAGAGUCACUUUCCAGGGCUUCCCAGGUGAGCCAGACAAAGAGCUGAACCCCAAAAAGAAGGUGUGGGAGCAGAUUCAGCCGGACCUAAGCAUGGACAGCCAGUGUGUGGCCACCUACAAAGGAGCGGCCUUUGAAGUUGCUGGCAAGGGAGUGUGCAAAGCUCAAACAAUGAGCAACUGUGAAAUCAAAUGAACUAACAGAGCUGCUAGAAAUAGCUUAGUGCAAAUCCCUGCAGCCAGACAGGAUCCAAAAUGUUGUGAAAAGCUCUUCCCAGAGGGGCAGAGGCCAUCGUAGCAGCAUAUUAAUGCCCCUGGUUCAACAAUCACAUGGGUGGUAUGUUUGAGAGUUCACAUACUUUGGUCCUGUAAGAAAGGAAAGUGAGAGUGAGGAGUAUGUUGCCCUCUGUUGGACGGACUCGAACAUUACUGAUACAGUUUCACUGAAAACUGAAGUUCUAUAUUUGGCCAAAGGAGGGCCCUUCAGUAUAUAUGAUGACAAUGUACAGUAUGUGUGUGGUGAGGAUGUGCAGCACACAGUUAUAUCCAGCAUGAUGGGAAAGAAAACAGAAACUCUUACAAAGAAUCCCUUUUUGUUGGGGAAUAUCUAAUAAGACAUCAGUGUUUUCCCAUGAUGCCACAUUUCUCAGUUCCAGUGAACAGAGGAUGAAACACAACAGUGUAGAAGUUCCAUUGAAAAAGAAGCAGUUUUACUUUCUUUUGUCAGUAUGGCUAUACAUUGGAAAUGAAUAGGGGGAUUACUUUAAAAUGAGUCCCCCUCCUCUCAGAAAUGUAUUUUUCUUAUGUUUGUGUCCUCUUAAAUGUCCAUUUCUUGACUACACUGACUGUACCAGUGCAAUAGAGAGCUCUGUCUUCUCACAUUCAUCUACUGAAGGAGGAGAGAUCUGUGCAGCAUAUGCCAGACAAGCUAGAUUAGGAACUUGGAAAUCCAAUACAAAGCAUAAAAAACCUCCAGCAAAGACCAGACUUGUCAUUACAGAGCGAAGACACACUGUAACAUCGUAGCAGAUAUUAUUUUAUGUUUCACAGCCACUAACGAUGUAUUAGCCAUGGCCAGUUACAGCAUACACAAAAAAAGAUACUAAGUACACGCACUAUUCUGAUACGUCACUAGUUGCUGUUUUAGAUGCACAACGAGUCUGGACUUCACAUCUGAGUCUGGAGGCUCAGACGUGUUUGGUUGAAUCUUGUCGAUAUUUUUUUCGCCAUCUUGACACACACCGCCGAUCCACCAGUCAACCUAUAGAAAGCAGCGUUGAUGGGCGGGGCUCGAGGCCAGAUCCAGAAUUUCUCAAUGAGGAUAAAAGAGAAGAUUUGCUUUCAGCCCCUCAUAGUUCUUUCUUUUUACUUUUUAAUCAAAAAUAAAUCACAGCAGAGUAUUUUUACAUAAAUUCCUGUAGGGGGACUUUAAAUAUGUUAAUACGAAACAGCUGCAUAAGGCCAAUCUCUGGGCUUCUUCAGUCUAAGUUUGAUGCAAAAAUAUUUUUUUUACAUUCAUAAAUAGGCUGUCAAAGUUUUAUUUGAGU